AUGACAGAAAUGUGUAAAAGUGGAGGGAAACCGAGCGAGGUAAAGGCGGAUGGAAAGAAGUGGCGCGGUAACAAGACAACUGCACCCUUGAUGCGACACAUAGCCAUAACUGGUGUCCGAAGAAAAAGUGCUCUGGUCGAGGAAAGACGGAUGGAUGGAUUGUUCGACAGUUGUGAGGCGAAUUCCAAAAAGCAGGAGCCGCAUGUGAUCUUCGGUGAAGCUCAGCCCUAA